AUGAAGAUAACAGUCCAUGAUGUUUCUCUUACGACUUGUCUGAUUGGUGUCAUACUUUUCCACCGUUCAGAGGCAUCGAAUCUCUCAUCACUGGUGGACGACCUGUUCCAAAAUUACCAUACUCACGUGAGACCUGUUUGUGCUUUGAAUUUACCUGUUCAGGUCAGACUUGGAAUAGCCAUUCGCCAGAUUGUGGACCUUAACGAACCUAGACAGAUCAUUGAAAUCAACGCAUGGAUACGCUUGCGCUGGAAUGACUGCCAUUUGAGAUGGAAUGCAUCUAAGUAUGGCAUCGAUCAUUUGGUUGUGCCUUACAGUACAGUCUGGGUACCCGACGUUACACUGUAUGACAAUGUGGAUAGCCAGCUGCUAGGACUGAAAGACUAUCGACCAGCGAUCUACUCAGAUGGGAGCAUGGUGUAUAAUUUUCCUACAAUUAUAUCAAGCUUGUGCAAAGUUGACGUCACUUAUUUUCCGUUUGACAAACAAGUCUGCCGACUUCAGUUUGGAUCAUGGGCACACCAUGGCCUGGAGCUUAACAUAUCAGGCUUAAGCAAUGAGGCGGAUCUGACUUCAUUUGUAGACAGUGUAGAAUGGGAAGUGACGUCAGUACCUAUGACUCGAAAAGUACUGUACUAUAAUUGUUGCCCAGAACCAUAUCCAGAUGUGACUUUUUAUUUAAACAUGAGACGGAAGCCUCUUUUCUAUUUGAUGAAUUUAGUGUUCCCUUGCGUAUUAAUUUCCACUGUAGCCUGUCUAGGUUUUAUCCUUCCACCAGACAGCGGGGAAAAGGUGUCGUUAGAAAUCACAGUGUUACUGUCUUUGGCUGUCUUCCUCAUGGUCGUUUCAGAAACUAUGCCUCCAUCUUCAGAGACAUUUCCAUACAUUGGAGCAUAUUUUACUUGUGCGAUGCUGUUGGUGUCCAUGUCAUGUUUGAUGACUGUUGUUGUGUUGAAUCUUCACUUUAAGGGAGGCCAUGGUAAAAAGGUCCCACCAUACCUGAGGCGCAUUUUCAGUAAAAUGGCAAAAAUUGUGUGCGUAAAAAUAAGAAGGAAUGAAUCAGAGAGUCCAACACAGAGGAAUUCCUUUAAAGAGCGAAAAGUGACACACCAUGACAAUAAAGCAUACGAGCAUACGAACGGAAACAAAAUAGACGCCUCACGACAUGAAAAGAUUGGUAAUUUUUUUCACAACGGGUUCCAUCAUUUGCACGAUUGCACCUUGACAGAAAUCACGAGCACACAUGACCCUCGUGAUGUAGAUGAGGCUGGUCCUGACGAACACACUGUAGAAUCCUCAACAUCAUAUGAGAUAAUGAAUGUCGUCAAACAACAAUUAUCAAUUAUCCGGAAUAUUGAAAAUAUUCUGACUAAAAAGAAAAAAUUAGCUGAGUCAGUAGAAGAAUGGCAAAACAUGGCUCAAAUAAUGGACAGGGUUUUCUUAGUGUUCUUCGUUUUAGUAUCGUUUAUUUCUACGUUGACAUUUUUAAUGAAUAGUUACUUACAUGAAGACUAA